CAACUUAAAACAUGCCGUUAUUUUUAUAAUGACAGUCUAAAAUUGUAUGUUUUAAUAUUAAUAGAUAAAUCUCUGAAAACAAUUAAACACGUAACAGUGAUCUGUUGUGAGUCAGUCGACCUUACGCAUCCGUUACGACAGCACGUUUAUUUUUAAAAACUCGCGCGCGUUCUCUCGUUGAUAAUCAUAAAUUGCCAGUUCAUAUUUGAUUGCCAUAUUGCACAAAAAUAACUAGUAUGCAUGAUAUAGAAAGUAGAAUCAGAAAAUAGAUGAUGGAAGUAGACCGUAUUUUAUAUAUUUUCGGAAGCUUCUCCAGGAAGAAGAGGGAGAGAAGGAAAUCCCUGGAGCCAUCGUCGAUCAGCGCUGGGAAUAGUCCUUUGAAAAGUAACUCCAAGUCCAAACUGUCUCGGCCAUCUAGUCAGAAUGCUAUCGCGCCAAGAACUUCUGCGUACGAGGAGAAGAGGAAGGCAAAACUGAAGGAAUGGGAGUGUGGUAUAUGCAAGAGCGAGCUGGUGGAACCCAGACUACUCGCGUGUCUUCAUAGUUUCUGUACCGACUGUCUCUUGGGGCUACACUGUGAGGGGGAUGAUGUAUGGGAGGAUAACGAAGGAUGUCCGGAACAUGACGUUGGUUUUGGCAGUGCAUCAGCUGGAGGCUCUGGCGGCUCAGGCUACGAGACCCUGAGACAUUCCGUCUCUGAAAGUAGUCUGGAGAAAAUUAAAUAUGGGAUCGUUUCUAGGAAGGUAUCCGGCAAGAGCUAUCAUUUCGUGGUGUGUCCACUAUGCGGUUCAGAAACUCAACUGCCUCUCGGUGGAGUGUCAGCACUGCCGCUGAACUACGUGCUGCUGCGGAGGAUGACGAGCAGAGAUGGCGACAGCGCUGUCCUCUGUGACCUCUGCUGUGCUGAUAAUAAGGCAGAGAGUCGCUGCAGCCAAUGUCUUGUAAGCGUGUGUACAUCGUGCGGGGAUUCCCACACCCUGAAAAAGGGAAACGCGACACAUCUUCUGGAACCCCUGGCACCAUUCCUAAGGUUCUGCGGACAACAUCCGAAAGUCGAGCUGACCGUUUACUGCGCUACUUGCCAGCAGGUGAUUUGUCGCGAUUGCAGUCUGAUCUCCCACGGGGGACACGCUCUGGAGGGCGCCGGCAGGGCUGCGGCAGGGAAGGUGGCUGCCCUCAGGGACGCCAUGCAGAGGGCUGGACUUGUACCAGACCACGUACAACGAGCUAACAGAAUACUGGACGUACACGCCAGGGAUAUUGAUGAGCAAGCUUCCCGCGUGGAGUCCGAGAUCCGCUUGUGGUCGGAGGAGUAUCGCAGAUCGUUAGAGACACACGCGAGGGCGCUGUGUGCGGGGGCGGUGAGGGCGCGCGCUCGGUACAGAGCCAGAGCCACGAGACAGCUGCUACAGUUGGAGCAGAGAGCUGAACAUGCCAGGGAGGCUGUCAAGUUCGCAGAGGAGCUAUUAAGUGAGGGUAAGGAAGACGAGAUCCUGUCCCUCAGCGGGCCGGUGCUGAAACGUCUCCAGAACCUCACGGAGCUGCAGCCUCUGUGCGAGGCGGCGCGGUGCGAGCUCCGGUUCGCCCCCAACGCGCCGGCUGCUCACAACCCCUCACUCGUCGGCAAGUUGUACACCAUGGGACCAGACCCACAGCAAUGUGUGCUUGAUACUGACGGUCUACAAGAUCUCCGAGUGGACUGCCAGCACACAGCUAUAUUAGAGUUACGUGACAGCAACGGAGAUCGUAUCUGGUGCGGUGGCGAGACGGUUUGUGGAUAUUUCCGUCGUCGGGACAGUUCGUCUCGGCCCGCCGCGGCUCGCGUGAGGCCGCGUGUCGAUGGUUCAUACGCCCUGCAUGUAGCACCUCGAACACCUGGACACUACCUGCUGGCUGUCACAGUCGACAACCAGCCCAUAAAGGGUAGUCCGUUCUCGUGUUCAGCUCGCCUGUCCAAGUCCCACUCGGGACAGUUCCAUUGCUGUUCGUUCUGUUCGUCGGGAGGUCGCCGGGAUGCCACCUGCGGCUGUGGAUCCUCUAUGGGCGGAGGUUAUAAAGGCUGCGGUCACGGUCACGCGGGCUGGCCGGGGACGAGACACUGGUCCUGCUGCGGAGGGACGUCCCGCCACGCGCCAUGUACCACCCGCACUACCAACGACACACCACACACAUACCACGUGUCGCUCUGAACAUGUAUGAACCAGACUAUGAAAACAUACGCGUUUAUUUACCCCAAAAUCGGGGUAAAUAGUGUUAAGAUAAACUUCAAGGGCUCUAUUUAUAUAAAUUCUAACUACACUCAUAUAAAUAAACAGUUUUCCCAAAUUGGGUGAUUUCAUUUCCGGACGCUUCUGUCUUUCCAAUAUCAUUAUAAUUUCCCGAUAAAUAUUUUCUUCAUAUAGUCUAUGUAACGUUCUACUUACCUUUUUGGUGAUGACAACACUGAACUCUAUCUUAUGUUUAUGAUCAUUUUAAAUACGAAUUACUAUCAUAUAAUGUUACGAGGUUUGUAAAUAAAAAAAAAUAAUUAAAUACUAUAUUUAUUAAAUAUCUGCGGU